AUGGGUUUCCUCGGGGUGUACACCGCAUUGUACGAUUACCAACCACAAGGAGAAGGUGAAUUGGAAAUCAAAGAAGGCGACCUUCUCUGCGUGUUGGAGAAGAAUACCGAUGACGAUUGGUGGAAGGCAAAGAAGAAGGCGGACCGCGAUGACGAAGAUGAGCCUGAGGGAUUGAUCCCGAACAACUACGUCGAAGAGGCGCAACCGAUUCACCAGGCCAAGGCCCUCUUCGAUUACACGCGACAAACGGACGAAGAGGUAUCCUUUACGGAAGAUGCGGAUAUCUUGGUCUACGACACGUCAGAUCCCGAUUGGACUUUAGUGGGCGUUCACUCCGAUUACGGCUUUGCGCCGGCUAAUUACAUCGAGAUCGUCGGGGACGCCUCCGCCGCGCCUCUGUCCCCAGCAGCCGAGGAGGAACCACCAGCACCGUCCCUGCCCGCACGGCCUCCGCAGCCGCAGGUCGCAGAAGAAUACGAUGAAUCGCCUUCGUCGUCUCCCAUUGACAGCACACAGAACCCCGCAGCUGCUGCCAUUGCCAAUAUCAUCCACCAACAACACGCGCGCGCUCCAGUUCAAUCCGGAAGUACGCGAGAUGAGCCUCCACUGCCGCAACUACCAUCGCGAUCUCCGCCGGAACAGGAAGAAUAUCGUGAAGAAUCUCCACCGCCCCCCGCGCUUCCCCGUCGGCCUCCCUCAGAAGUUCCCACGCCGACUUUCUCCCACCAUGAUUCAGAGCCGGCGUCUCCUCCCGCUCACUCUCAAGCGCCUCAACCUCCGAUGGGUGGCCACAGUCGACCAUACGUCAAAGAGUCGCCCCCCUAUAGUCGAGGGGGAGACAUCAACCCUCGCUCACCGUCUGGUUACCACAUUUACAACAUCAAUGAGAUGGUGGAAGUAAUGGGCAAGCGCAAGAAGAUGCCGACCACCUUGGGCAUCAACAUGGCCACGGGAAUCAUUUUCAUCUCCCCGGAGGGUGAUGACCGCCAGCAGGAAUGGACCGCUGACAAGCUGACCCACUAUUCGAUCGAGGGCAAGCACGUCUUUGUCGACUUGAUCCGACCCAGCAAGAACAUUGACUUCCAUGCGGGAGCCAAGGAUACCGCUCAGGAAAUUGUCGCUGCUCUGGGUGAAAUUGCUGGAGCUUACCGUGCCGAAGGGCUCCGAGAGGUGAUUGCGGCGAGCGAAGGUGGUGGUGGCCAAAAGAAGGGCCAGAUCUUGUAUGAUUUCAUGGCGCAAGGUGACGACGAGGUAACGGUGGCCGUGGGCGACGAGGUCGUCAUCUUGGACGACAGCAAGGCCGAGGAAUGGUGGAUGGUACGACGCCUCAAGAACGGAAGGGAAGGUGUUGUUCCCAGCAGCUACGUGGAAAUUACGGGAUUUAUGCCCAGCCAGCCAUCUCCGGCGAUUGAUUCUGCCAAGUCGACCGUGGAGCGUAAUCGUAUGGAGGAGGCUCGAUUGGCCAAGGCUGCGGUGGGCAGACCUAGAACCGAUUCGCUAGAGACCAGCGAGCCGGAUCCAAGCAAAGUCAGAAAGUGGACAGAUCGGACCAAAGCGUUCACCGUGGAGGCAGAGUUCAUCGGUCUUCUGGACGGCAAGAUUCAAUUGCACAAGGUCAAUGGCAUCAAGAUCGCUGUGCCGGUUGCAAAGAUGUCGGUAGAGGAUCUCGAGUACGUGGAAAAGGUUGCUGGUGUCUCACUUGACGAAGACAAGCCCCUUUCAAGUAUUCGAGCUCGUGCAUCCGAGGAGGCUAAGCGCGGUCCGGCAGGCGCCUCAGUACGUGGUCCAGAGUAUGACUGGUUCGACUUCUUCCUCAAGGCCGGUGUUGGCCCACAUCAAUGUGAACGCUACGCGCAGAACUUUGCCAAGGACUCUAUGGAUGAGGCAGUCUUGCCCGAUAUCACUCCUGAGACUCUGCGAACCCUUGGCUUGAAGGAGGGAGAUAUUCUACGUGUGAUGCGCCACCUCGACAACACUCUUGGCCGUACUGGCUCCAAGUCCAAGCUGCGCAAUGUCAGCUUUGGGGGUGAGGAGGUCAUGGGCAAUAACGGCGAGGAAGGUGGAUUAUUUGCCGGACCGGGUGGCAUGCUGCGUAAUAACACCCGCAAGGGAAGGCCGGCUCCUGCUGUGCAGACUGGUGAUGUAGUCGACCCCAAGGCAUUUGAGCAAGCCGACACCUCUAAGUCUCAGGCGGAGGAGAGGGCCGCAACACCCCCAACUCCGAAAGCGUCAGGGGCAGUGGCACAGCCCGAAAAGCCCAUUGCUCGUGGCUUCGAGGACGAUGCAUGGGAGGUCAAGAAGCCUCAGGGGUCUGCCGCAGCAACCCCACCACCACCCAGCUCGGCCUCGCCCCCUCCAGCUCAGCCUGCUAUCCAGAAACAGAUCACCGGUGCCAUGGCCGAUUUAUCGAUUCUCCAGGCCCCACUUCAGCCUACCCAGGCAGCACCAGCCCAGCCAGCACCAUCUAUCUCGAGCAUUCCCGCCCUUCAGCCCCAACAAACUGCCGUACAAAGUCCCCCGGUGCAACAGCCUCAGCAGACAGGCGUGAAUCCUAAUUUCUUCAACCAGAUCGCUCAAAUCGGUCAGCAUCAACAGCAGCAGCAACUGCAGCAACAGCAGCAGCUUCAGGCUCAAGCGUUCAGCCCUCAACAGACGGGUUUCCAAACACAGGCCCGCCAACGUCCAGUGGCUCCGCAGACUACGGCUCAAAACACGCUACUCCCUCCCCCGCCGCCACGCCCUUUGUCAGCACCUCAGAACUUCACUCCCCAGCAGACCUCCUUCAGUCCUCCUCCUUUGCAGCCCCAAUUGACGGGAGUUCCUCAGCUGGGCGGCCUUCCCACGGGCCAGAACCCCAACGCUAUGAACCAGCAACGCAUGCAACCACAGCUCCAGAUGCAGCCUCAGGUCACUGGGUUCAUGGGUUCCAAUCAAUAUCAAAACGGAAUGAUGGUGCCCCAACCAACCGGGUUCACGCCGCAAUCACAGUUUGGUAUCCAGCAACAGCAACAAAAUCAACUUCCAUAUGCGAAUGGCCAGGCGGGUUUCCAGGGCAUGGCUCCUCAACCCACUGGCUUCGGUGGGUUUGCUCCACCUCAGCAGCCCAUGGCCACGGGCAUCAACUCCAUGUUGCCCCCAGCACUCCAGCCUCAACCCACUGGGGUCAACGGUUUCGGAAACAACACCUACUCCGUUGCUAAUCCCCCUCCCGUGCCUCCAAUCCCUUCGCAACCCACUGCCACGCCCCUGAUGCCCCAGAAGACGGGACCUCCUCCUUCGAUUCGAUUCGGAGUCAAGCCCGAAGGUCCCAAGAAACUUGCUGCUCAGCCGACAGGGAUGCGGGCCAACCUGGCUCAAGCUACGCCCACCAACCCCUUCGGCUUUUAG